AAUCAGUGUAUCCUUUUAAUUCUAAAAUUAUUAGUGCUAAGGAUGCAGCAUUAAUAGCAAAUUGGAUUGAUAAAGAACAAAAAGGGCACUAUCGUUUUAAAGAUAUACCUUUCAAAUUUGAUCUAAUUUAUCUUGCAAGCCUUGAAGAUUUUAGCAUUAAUAAGUUCCAUAGCAAAUGCGAUAAUAAAGAACCAACAGUUGUUAUAAUUAAAGUUCGAAACUCAGGAGAAAUCAUUGGUGGAUAUAAUCCAUUAAAUUGGCGCAGUACAGAAUUAAUGAAAAAUAGAAAUUUACCAUCUAACGUCUACAAUGAUUAUAAAUGCGAAACAUCAAGAAGUUUUAUAUUUUCAUUAUUUUCAUUAUCAAAUAGAACAAUUCCCAAAUUAAGUCAUGUCACUUCUAAACAAGAAGCAAUUAUUUGGUCUAUAGAUAAAGGACCAUGUUUUGGUUUACAAGAUUUGUGGAUAUUGUAUGAUCAUUCGCAGAAUGUUGCUACUGGUAGAUGUAAAAAACACUCUUAUAAUGUAGGAAUUAUUGAUAAAGAUACUUUUGAAAUUGAGGAAUAUGAAAUAUUUCAAAUUAAAGACAAACAAUUCUUACUUAAAAUAUUUAAUCCUAUU